UUACGCUGUCAUCUCAAUGGAGCUUACUGCCUCCAUCAUCAGGGCGAUGAGUAAGCUGUGGAUGAAAAAUGGGGUUCAGGUGUGGAAACAGGUUGAGCAGGUCACGGCUACCCUCGAGCAGGGAGGGACUUGAUGGUAUGGAGAAUUUCCCAGCUGUCCAGCAAACUGGCUGGAUGCUGCUGAGUGCACUGGAGCCUUCAUCUGUCUGUUUCUUGUCGGACGGCAAAAGGCGCUUCUUCCAGCAGAGCACAAGGCUGGCCGUUUUGUCUCGGAAGAAGUGGCUGGGGAGGUCUGGCAGAGAACUGAUUGUCAUCUUCUCUGCUGGACCUCCCAGCCACUUCUUUUGCUCAUUGGUGUGGAGAAGGCUGUUAGCUCUCUGCCAGAAGCAGCAGCAGCUGAGGAGGUCAAACAGGGGAAAGAUGGAAUUCUGAAGGCCACCAGUAAACCCAAGCUUGACCUGUGCAGUGUCAGCCCUGUUCCCAUAUCUUAACCAUUUAUCACCCUGAUGAUGGAGACAGUAGGCGUCUAUGAACAUCAGUGAACUCAUACCAGACUUCAUGG